AUGGGAAAAGGAUAUUAUACAUUGAAAUUCCAUACUAAGGAGGAUAAAGCGACUGCGAAAGCUCAUCUUAUUUGGGACCUUCCUGCGGGUUCUUUGAGGCUCCGUGAUUGGGUUCAUUUUUCCAAUCCUUACAAGGAAUCGUCCUCUUUAGCUCAGGUUUGGGUCAGAAUUUAUUAUUUACCUGUGGAAUUCUGGCACCCCGAAGUUCUAUCUGGCAUCGGAUUUUGGCUAGGUCAAUCGCUGAAAAUUGAUGGUAAUUCUAUUGAUGAUGACGUUGCGCAUUUCACUCGCAUUCUGGUGGAAAUUGAUCUUGCUCAGCCUCUUCCGGAGAAUAUGACGAUUGAUGGUGGAGACUAUUCUUUCAAUAUUGAAUUUAGUUAUGAAUAUUUUCCUCUUUUCUGUACGAGAUGUAGGAUCACGGGACAUUCGGUGGAUAAAUGCCGGAGAGGAAAAAAAGAGGCAAAACAACCUGAGGAGAUAGUGAAGCCAAAGGAACCCGAAUGGCAGGUGGUGGGAAAAGUGAAUGAUCAUUCUCUGGACAAAAGUUUGGAUGCAAGGGAGGGGUUGGUUACCGUUGAUGAUUACGACGGUGAACCGGAUGAACAGAGACAGCAGCCUUCAGGGCCGGACAUGCUUCAAGCCUUGUGCAAGGAUUUGAGAGCUCCGGGUGCUAACAGAUUCAACGUUUUGGAUGGUAUGGAGACGAUUGAUUUAGACGAUGCUCAGGGCAGGGAUGAGUUACCUCAAGCAAUGGUAGCUAAGCGGGAUGCGGACAGUGACGGUACUCUAAGUGCGCAGAAUUUGGAGAAGGAGAUGGGGUCGCCAGGCUUUGCUGUGGAAGGCACUAUAGGACCCUGUGAGAUUGUCCAGAUAGGGCAGAAGGAUAAGCCUUAUGAUCAGGAGGUUGAUCAGGCGGGAUGCUCGGUGAUGGAGAACUCGGAGAUUGCUGACUCUUCGGGGUCAUAA